AUGUCCAGCGGCGUCAGAAGGAAAAGAGCGCGCAUGGACGAAGAAGACGCGGCUGCAGUGAAAGCUGAACUCCAGGAACUUGAAGGUUCCAUGGACGUUGAUGCGGCUUCCCCACCGGAUCCUGAAGCUCCCCGUUCGGACGCGUCGGGCACCCGAGCGGAUGUUUCGGCAAGUAAUGUUGACGAGGACGCAGAGGCUUACGUGCAGGACAAAAACCUCUGGUUCCACGAUGGCACAGCAAUCCUGGUCGCGGCGGGCGUCGGAUUCCGUAUCUACAAGGGGCUCCUGGCCGAACACUCCCCUGUGUUCAAGGAGCUGUUCUCGCAGGACCAUCCACUUCGCACGCUCCCCAUAGACGAGACACAAACCAUCACGUGUCCGCUUAUACAGCUCUCGGACUCGGCACAUGAUCUACGGUACAUCCUACGCGUAUAUAUGCCUCGACGAAACGCCAGCGUGUACGGGCCCUGUAUCCCGUCUUUCGACAAGCUCUCUGCCUCCAUCCGUCUGGGACAAAAGUACCAGAUCACUCCGCUCUACGAGCAGAGCAUCCGGCUGCUGAAAAAUUACUACACAGAUGAUCUUUCGGUCUGGCUCAGGGCUAACAAAAGACCACCAGGGUUCUCAGCUGUGAACGUCAUCGGCGUAGUCAAUCUCGCACGGCUCACCGGUGAACUUUCCAUCCUACCAGCCGCGCUCUACAGAUGCACGCUGCUCGACUCAAGGAUUGUACGGGGAUACAAGCGCGCUGACGGCUCCCAGGAGAAUCUGACGCUAGACGAUCUCGGCCUUGUCUUCGAUGCGAAAACAGAAAUCAGGAAGGCCGGCGUUGCGGUCAUGCUCCGGGCGUUCAAUGGUGGACUGGCAAACGGAUGUACGAGGUCCAACACGUGCUCCGCGGCGUUACAUGAUGCAAUGGCCGGCCUUGAUGAACACGUCGACCAAUUAAUCGCCGGCGGCGCUUUCCAAAAUUAUACCGUGGUGCUGAAGGAUAAGAAGUUAGCGGUUUGCACUGCUUGCAAGGAGGCAGUGAACCUCAGACAUUCGAAGGAGCGCCAGAGCAUGUGGGACCGUUUACCGGAGCUCCUGCGCAUUCAAGUGCCUGGAUGGGGGGCGGAAAAACCCUUGCCUUGA